GCACAGUCAUAUAGAUACUUCUAGAGUGCUUCCUCUUGUGUUAGUCAAUUUCGUUUGCAUCCAUCGCUACGGUGAGAAUGUAUUCCAUAACUUUCUUGUCCUUAACAGCGGUGGUUGUCGUUGCUUGCUUCUUUCCGAAACGCACACAAUCGCUAGUCGUCCCAUUCCCGUCUUCAGCUGUCCGUUGUUGUUUCGGCAUUCACCGUCAAUCCCGCGUUCUGACAUCUGCCUUGUUCUCCACAACCGAGGACAAGACCGACGAACAGACGGACAAUAAAGCUGGCGAGCCGGCAACCAUGAAAGGCGAAGUCGCAUCAUCCGUCAUAACAACCGAAAAGAAUCCAGACGCCGAGGGUCUCCCAUGGUGGUGGGAAGUGGUAUGGGAUCUUGACAUAAUGCAAGUUGGCAAGUCAGGUGAGGAGAUUUCCUUUGGUGAUUCGGCAAAUGUCUUGCGGACGAACAUUGAGCAGAUCUACGGAGGAUUUCCCAGUCUCGACGGCUGUCCCCUAGCCGAAGGAGAGCUUGCAGACAUUGGCGAUGGUACGAUGUUUAUUGGGCUACAGAACUACUACCGGAACUACGGAAGUCCAUACAAGCUGUGCUUCGGUCCAAAAUCGUUUCUCGUAAUAUCUGAUCCUGUACAAGCGAAACACAUUCUCAAGGAUGCCAACACCAACUACGAUAAGGGCGUUCUGGCCGAAAUUCUCGAACCGAUCAUGGGAAAAGGCCUGAUUCCGGCUGAUCCCGAAACAUGGAGCAUCCGCCGCCGACAGAUUGUUCCAGCCUUUCACAAAGCAUGGCUGGAACACAUUGUCGGCCUUUUCGGCUAUUGCAACCAACCUUUAAUUGAUACACUCAACAAGCGCGUUGACGGAGAUGGCAAGGUAGAAAUGGAAUCCCUCUUUUGUUCUGUCGCAUUGGAUAUUAUUGGCCUGUCUGUUUUCAAUUACGAGUUUGGUUCCGUAACUCAAGAGUCCCCUGUAAUCAAAGCGGUGUAUUCGGCGCUCGUGGAGGCGGAACAUCGCUCCAUGACCCCAGCCCCGUACUGGAAUUUACCUCUGGCCAAUCAACUUGUGCCCCGCCUCCGUAAAUUCAACAGUGAUCUCAAACUUUUGAACGAUGUUUUGGACGACCUCAUUACCCGGGCGAAACAAACGCGGACAGUGGAAGAUAUCGAAGAGCUCGAAAAUCGAAACUAUAAUGAGGUCCAAGAUCCCUCCUUGCUACGAUUUUUAGUCGACAUGCGUGGUGCUGAUAUUGACAACAAACAAUUGCGGGACGACCUGAUGACUAUGUUGAUUGCCGGGCAUGAAACAACCGCUGCUGUCUUAACUUGGGCGCUCUUCGAACUUACCAAGAACCCCGAAAUUAUGAAAGAGCUGCAAGACGAAAUCGAUGAAGUCGUUGGAGAUCGCAUGCCCAACUACGAAGACAUCAAGAAAAUGAAAUUCUUACGCCUCGUGGUCGCAGAGACUUUGCGAAUGUACCCCGAGCCUCCUUUGUUAAUCCGCCGAUGCCGUACUCCCGAUGAGCUUCCACAGGGGGCCGGCCGUGAAGCUAAAGUAAUUCGAGGCAUGGACAUAUUUAUGGCCGUGUACAACAUUCACCGCGACGAACGGUUCUGGCCUAGUCCCGAUACCUUCGACCCAUUACGUUUCACACGGUCGCAUUCCAACCCGGACGUUCCGGGUUGGGCAGGUUUUGACCCGAAAAAAUGGGAGGGAAAAUUGUACCCGAAUGAGGUCGCGUCGGACUUUGCCUUUUUGCCCUUUGGUGGUGGCGCCCGAAAAUGUGUCGGAGACGAGUUUGCGAUACUUGAGGCUACAGUGACGCUUGCCAUGGUGCUACGACGAUUCGAGUUUUCUUUCGACGAGUCCAAGUUCGAAGGCAAGGAUGACAUUUUGAGCUCGGCCCAAGGACUGAACCAUCCUGUUGGUAUGCGGACGGGGGCAACCAUACACACUCGAAAUGGGCUUCAUCUAGUGGUCGAGAAGCGUGGGGUACCGAAAUAAUCAUAAAAGAUUGUUGGAAGUC